GCUACAGCUAGCAUGGCCGUCCGCAGGCUCGCACGCCAAGGCCUGCAGUGGGCCGAGCAGCAGCCCGUCGCGUCCACGUCGCAGCUCGUCGCAGCAGCAGCAGCACGGCCGCCGUCGAGCAGCUGCCCCGGGUGCCGCCGAGGCCUCGCCCACGCCGUCCAGCUCGAGGCCGACAGCACCACCGCCGUCGACAAGAGCACUGGCGCACAACACGGCACAGCGCCGGUCGCCAAGAGCGGCGGGCGGUGGACCUCGCUCCUCUUCCCCUCGUCUUCAUCCUCGUCGUCGCCAAACCCGUCCACGCCCACGCCCGCACCACCAGCGCAGCUCACGGGCGCAGCGGCCGACCUCGUGCAAGAGCUCAAGCGCCAGUACCCGGACCCGAACCGCACCUGGGACCUGUUCACCCAGCUCGACUACGACGGCCGCAUCCUCGACCUGCACCACGACGCCCUCGUCAAGAUCCUCCCCGCCCUGUACCUUCGCGCGCCCAAGCACCGCACCGUCCAGAACGUGACGGCCGCCGCGCGCGCCUACCAGACCAAGGUCGACCUCGUCCGCCUGCGCCUGCGCCAAGCCGGCGUCCCCGUCACGCGCGGCGAGCACUCGGCCAUCCUGCGCCAGUUCCACGCCCUGCGCUAUGCGCCCGGGGUCGUGCGCGCGUGGGACGCCCUCGUCGCGUCGGGCGACCGCCCGCAGCCGGCCGACUGCACCAAGGCGUUCGAGGCGCUCGUCGGGUGGACAGAGCUCCACGGUCGCGCCGCCGGUCGGGCAGUCGAGCGCGCUGUCGCCAAGCCGCUCGCGCUCAAGGCAGCCGAGAUGCUGUUCCUCGACAUCGACGGGCUCGCGGCGUCGUCCUCGGCGGCCGCACGGCGCGGCGUCGACGCGGCCCUCGAGCCCUUCUUCGGCCUCGUCGUCAAGGCGGGCGACCACGCCCUGUUCGCGCGCGCGUUCAAGAAGCUGUACGGCUUCGACAUCGCCCUCCCCGGCGCCCUGUUCGACGCGUCGACCGCCGAGCGCGCCCAGUUGCGCACCAUCGGCGAGAGCGAGGUGUGCUGGAUCCUCGAGUCGCUCGCCGACAAGGACGACCUCCCCGGCAUGAUCGCCGUCUUCGAGACGUUCGACCAGCCGGCGCGCCCGACGAGCGACUUCUUUACGCCGACCUCGACCGAAGGCCGCCAGCCGCUCGCGCCGCCGACGUCCGAGGCCGACGCCCACCUCAUCGGCACGAGGGCGUUCACGAUCCUCAUCCAGACGGCGAGCCGGCUCGAGAAUGCCCACGUCGCUCGUCACUACUUCGACCUCCUGUUCAUGCGGUGGAGCGGCGACGCCGACUUGCGGCUGCGCGAGAUCGAGGACGCGGUCGGGAUCGUCGAGGCGCAGGACGACUGGGUCGACGACGCCGUCUUGACCUCGAGCGAGGCUCCUCACAACACCGUCUCGCCGCUCGACGCCUCGCCCGCCGCCGACUGCGCGCCUGCAUCUUCCCUCGACGGCGACGUGGUCGAUGUUGCCGCCACGAACGCCGUCGACGCCGUCGACGCCGCCGCCGCGAACGGCUCGGCGCCCGCACCCUCCUUCGACGCCGCCUCGUCCCUCCCUCUCGACACGUCGUCCCUACCCCUCAAUGGCUCGUCAUCCUCCACCUCGACCGCCUCGGCUACGAGCACGCCCACCUCGACCAGCUCGAUCCCGCACUCGGUGUCGCUCGUGUCGCAGUACGGCGCGCACCUGACGCCGGCGCCCUCGGCGCCGGCCAAGCCGUACGUCGUCCCGUCGACGCUCAUCGCGCACGUCGCGCACCGCGCCAAGACGCAGUACGACUCGUCGACGGCGUGGUGGCUCCGGCGCCGCACCAAGCGCAUCCUCCAGCUCAUGGAGUCGCACAUGGCGCGCAUCCAGGGCGUCCUCGAGGCGCUCGAGGUGCCUGGCGUCGGCGUCGGCGUCGACGGUGCCGCCGAGGACGGCUCGGCGCAGGCGGGAGCAGGAGGAGCGCGCGCCGAGGCGCAGAGCGUCGCCGAGCUCAAGCGCGAGCUCGCGCUCGUCGCGUACCACCUCGACCAGCUGCGCCUGACGCUGUCGAGCGUCAAGGCCGACUCGCGCAUCAUCAGCGCGUGGAAGGUGCUGCACGCGCGCCAGUCGUCGCUCUCGGUGCGCCGGCAGCGCCUCGCCGACCCGUCGCUCGGCCGGCGCGACGCGCUCAAGCGCACGCCGGCCAUGCGUCGCAAGGAGCGCCAGGUGCUCCAGGCGCGCAUGCUCCUCGUGCGGCACCGCAUCCAGAAGCUGCGCGACGUCGACGGGCUCCGGACGGGCGACGCCGAGCACGACAGGUGGGUCGCCGAUUACCGCCAGCUCAAGGCGAGGGCGUUCCCGGCCGAGGAGGCGGCGGCUCGCGACGGCGUCGAGCAGGUGCAGGCGCAGGCGCAGGCGUAGACGAGGCAGGAGACGUGUGGAUAGACGGUCCUCGUAGCUGUGCUCGCCCUUGCAGUUCUCGCUGUCCCUCGCAUUGUACACGACUCGCUCUC